AUGCACCACUGCAACAGCCUCUCCGAAUCAGCCUCCAUCCACCCACACCAUGAGUUCUUGGGAGCUUUGCGGAGACACCUACUGGGCAAAGAUGGCAUCAUCUGUGAGGCCCAUAAAGUGCUGGGCAACCACUGGGCUGAGAUCGCCAAGAUGCUGCCUGGGAGGAUGGACAAUGCUGUGAAGAAUCACUGGAACUCUACCAUCAAGAGGAAAGUAGACUCAGGAGGCUUCCCAAACGAGUAGGACUGCAAGCCUGUCUACCUGCUUUUGGAGCUUGAGGACAAGGACCACCACCAGAGUGCCCAGCCCAUGGAAGGCCAGGGAAGUCUUAUGACCGGCUGGCCCCUGGCGCCCUCUACUGUGAAGGAAGAGGAGAGCAGUGAGGAGGAGGCUGCAGCAGCUGCUGCUACUGCUAGAGAGCAGGAACAUGAGCCAGUGUCCCCUGAUCUGGGAGAAGUACACACCCCAGAGCCCCUGGGAUCCCUCAAGCGUGAAUAUCAGGAGGACUCCUCGCCAGAAACCAGCCUGCCCUACAAGUGGGUGGUAGAGGUAGCAAACCUCCUCAUCCCUGCUGGGUCCAGCCUCUUUGAAGCCCUGGACUUGAUAGAGUCAGACCCUGAUGCUUGGUGUGACCUAAGUAAAUUUGAUCUUACUGAAGAAGCCGAGGGCAACAGCAGCCCAGUGCAGCUCCAGAUAUCACAGCAGCAGCAACAGGCACUCUUCUCCCGACAGACCGCCACACCAGGGCCCAGCAUGACUGAGUAUCGGCUCGAUGGCCACACUAUUUCAGACCUGAGCCGGGGCAGCCGCGGGGAACUGAUCCCCAUUUCCCCCAGCACUGAGGUUGGGGGCUCAGGCAUUGGCACACCACCCUCAGUACUCAAGCGACAAAAGGAACGGCGUGCGGCCCUGUCGCCUGUCACAGAAAACAGUGCUAGCCUGUCCUUCCUGGACUCCUGUAACAGUCUUACCCCCAAGAGCACACCUGUCAAAACCCUUCCCUUCUGUCCUUCCCAGUUUCUGAACUUCUGGAACAAACAGGAUACCCUGGAGCUGGAGCCCUCAAUGACAUCCACUCCGGUGUGCAGCCAAAAGGUGGUGGUCACCACACCCUUGCACAGGGAUAAGAUGCCCCUGCACCAGAAGUAUCCAUCCUUUGUAACCCCAGAUCGGAAGUACUCCGUGGACAACACUCCCCACACACCAACCCCGUUCAAGAAUGCCCUGGAGAAGUACGGACCACUGAAGCCCCUGCCCCAGACCCCUUACCUGGAAGAAGACUUGAAGGAAGUGCUAUGUUCGGAGGGUGGCAUGGAGCUCAUCAUUGAGGAUGAUGUGAGGCCUGAGAAGCAGAAAAGAAAGCUUGGGCUGUGACGAAGCCAUAUCAAGAAAGUCCAAAAGUCUCUGGCUCUUGACAUUGUGGAUGAAGAUGGGAAGCUGAUGUCUACACUGCCCAAAGCUCUGUCCUUGCCAACAAGUGCCCCAUCCAGUUCCUCUAGCUUCACUCUGCCAGAUAUCAAAGAGGACAAAAGCCUGCUCAACCAGGGCUUCCUGCAGGCCAAACCUGAGAAGGUGGUGGCCACCCAGAAGGCCCGGAGCCACAUUCCAGACCCUGCCCCUAUGACCAGCGCCUGGAAGAUGGUGGCCUGUGAAUGUACCAAAGACCAGCUCUUCAUGCAAGAGAAAACCCGGCAGCUCCUGGGCUGCUUAAAGCCCAGCCGCUCAUCUAGGAUGCUCAUUCUGUCCUGA